AUGGGAGGGCAGCACCGUGUCAGUGACGAGGCGGCCAUGGCCGGCUUCGCCGCCUCCUCGGAGCGCUUGGAAGGCUUGUCCGAGGGUGCUGCUGCAGUGGGGGGCCUGCAGCCUGGCAAAGGGGCGAGCGAGCGCGUGCUCUUCAAGCAGCCAGCAGAAAGAAAGUCUGUGCUAGGCCUUGACGCUUUGGCCCGUGCUAAGCGAGCGUCCGAUGCUUUAAAUGGGGAGGGGGUCAAGCGUGCGCGCAGUAGCAACGGGGCUGCAGUGGCUUGGGGCGGGGACGGGGAAGCCGGAGACGGGGAGGCGGAGGAUGCACUGCAGGACCGCAGGGAGAGUGGGCAGGGCGCCUCCUCCAGCGGGGGCAAGGUCAAGAACUACCGCUGGGCGAGGGCGCAGGACACGCCCUCCCACCCAGGCGGUGUCAAUGCGGAGGUGGCUGCUGCCAUAGCUGAGCGGCAGCGCCCCGCUGUGCCUGCCGUGGUGUACGCCAGCACCGCGCAUGCCCCUGACAGGCAAAGGGACGCCAGGAGGGGCGACCAUGCCCGGGACCGCGAGGAGGGCCGCGACAGGCGGGCAGGACAGCAGGCUGACAGGCACAGGCGCGACGACGGCCAGGGGAGGAGGGAGCGGGACAGCGGAGAGCGGCCGUCGUCAUCGUCAGGGCGGCGGCGUGAGGAGUACACACCCCACAACAGGGACGGGGAUAGGGGCAGCGACAGACACCGGGAGAGGGGCAGUGACAGGGACAGGGACAGGGGUAGGGACAGGGACAGGCGUGGCGGCGGGCGGCGGUGGGAGGACCCCUCUCCUCGGCGGGGUGGGCGCUCGGCUUGGGACGACGGGCGGUGGGAGUGGGACGACACACCCUCCCGGCCAGAAGGGACGCCUGUCCGAGCCUCAGCCACCCCGGCGCGCUCGUUUGUGCCGCCGUCGCCGUCGGCGGGCCUGGCAUCUCCCUGGGAAGGCGGGGACACACCCGCUCGGGAUGCCAACUGGACCCCGGGCUCCAGCUUUGUCCCGUCCCCGUCCCCCAUCCGGGCGGGGGGCGCCACGCCGGCGCGCCCGGGGGAGCCUGGCAAUCACCGCUUGCGCUUCCAGCGGAGCGGGCAGGCAGGCGGGCGGGAAGGGGAGGGGGAGGGCGACGAAGGGGACCGGGCAGAGUACGAGGAGGAGGAGAGGAGGGUCGACAGGAGCUGGUAUGAUGCGGAGGAGAGCGGCACGGUGGUGGACGGCGAGGACGCCGCCGACGUGUUUGUGGGCGACGACAAGCUGUUUGCGGCGCGCGAGGCCGCGCUGGUGCAGCGCAGCGGGGGGGCGGCGCAGGCGCGGCUGGUGCGCGCGGACGGGAGCAAGAUGAGCCUGGCGGCGAGCAAGAAGUACAGCGCGCUGCACGCAGACAACCAGCAGUGGGAGGACCGGCAGCUGAUGGCGUCGGGCGUGGUGCGGCGCGGCGAGCAGGACCUGGACAUCGACGACGAGGAGGAGAACAAGGCCAUCCUGCUGGUGCACGACACCAAGCCGCCGUUCCUGGACGGGCGCGUCGUGUUCACCAAGCAGGCGGAGCCGGUGAUGCCGCUCAAGGACCCCACCUCCGACAUGGCCAUCAUCGCCAGGAAGGGCUCCGCGCUCAUGCGCGAGGUGCGCGAGAAGCGUGAGGCGAGCAAGUCGCGCGCGCGCUUCUGGGAGCUGGCGGGCAGCAAGCUGGGCAACAUCCUGGGCGUGGAGCAGCCCAAGGGCGACCCGGACGGCCUCUCGCGCGGCGGCCACCCCCCCGCCGAUGACGAUGACGAUGGAGAGGGCGGGGACUAUAAGCAAGCGGGCAAGUUCGCGGGGCACAUGGCGGCGCCGAGCCAGGCGGUGAGCGACUUCGCCAAGAGCAAGAGCAUGGCGGAGCAGCGCGCGUUCCUGCCCAUCUUCAGCUGCCGCGAGGAGCUGCUGGCCGUGGUCCGCGAGAACCGCGUGGUGGUGGUCGUGGGCGAGACGGGCAGCGGCAAGACGACGCAGCUGACGCAAUACCUGCACGAGGCCGGUUACACCACCUACGGCAUGGUCGGCUGCACGCAGCCGCGCCGCGUGGCCGCCAUGAGCGUCGCCAAGCGCGUCUCCGAGGAGAUGGCCACGCCGCUGGGCGACCAGGUCGGGUACGCCAUCCGCUUCGAGGACUGCACCUCCAGCAACACCAUCAUCAAGUACAUGACGGACGGCGUGCUGCUGCGCGAGUCGCUGCGCGAGCCGGACCUGGACAACUACAGCGUCAUCAUCAUGGACGAGGCGCACGAGCGCAGCCUCAACACGGACGUCCUCUUCGGCGUCCUCAAAAAGGUCGUCGCGCGCCGCCGCGACUUCAAGCUCAUCGUCACCUCCGCCACGCUUAACGCAGAAAAGUUCUCCAACUUCUUUGGCGGCGUGCCGUGCUUCACCAUCCCUGGGCGCACGUUCCCGGUGCAGACGAUGUGGAGCAAGAGCCCGUGCGAGGACUACGUGGACGCGGCGGUGAAGCAGGCGCUGGCCAUCUACAUGAGCCACCCGCCGGGCGACAUCCUCAUCUUCAUGACCGGCCAGGAGGAGAUCGAGACCACGUGCUUCGCGCUGCAGGAGCGCGUCGACCGCCUCGACGCCGAGGUGCUCAAGAAGAAGGGCGACCUGCUCAUCCUGCCCAUCUACUCCCAGCUGCCGGCGGACCUGCAGGCCAAGAUCUUCAACCCGGCGGAGGGCGGCGCGCGCAAGUGCAUCGUGGCGACCAACAUCGCGGAGACGAGCCUGACGGUGGACGGCAUCCUGUACGUCAUCGACACCGGGUACGUCAAGAUCAAGGUGUACAACCCCAAGAUGGGCAUGGACGCGCUCACCGUCUUCCCCGUCUCCCAGGCCGCCGCCAACCAGCGCUCGGGGCGGGCCGGCCGCACGGGGCCCGGCACGUGCUUCCGGCUGUACACGGAGCAGGCGUACAAGGGCGAGAUGCUGGCGCAGCCGGUGCCCGAGAUCCAGCGCACCAACCUGGGCAACGUGGUGCUGCUGCUCAAGAGCCUUAACAUCGACAACCUGCUCGACUUCGACUUCAUGGACCCGCCCCCCGCGGCCAACAUUCUGAACAGCAUGUACCAGCUGUGGAUCCUGGGCGCGCUGGACAACACGGGCGGGCUCACGGGCAUCGGGCGCAAGAUGGUGGAGUUCCCGCUGGACCCGCCGCUGGCGCGCAUGCUGCUGGCGGGCGACGCGCUGGGCUGCACCGCGGAGGUGCUGACCAUCGUGAGCAUGCUCAGCGUGCCCAGCGUCUUCUUCCGGCCCAAGGACCGCGCGGAGGAGAGCGACGCGGCGCGCGAGAAGUUCUUCGUGCCCGAGAGCGACCACCUGACGCUGCUCAACGUGUACCAGCAGUGGAAGAGCAACGGGUACCGCGCGGACUGGUGCGCGCAGCACUAUUUGCACAGCAAGGGCAUGAAGAAGGCGCGCGAGGUGCGGCAGCAGCUGCUGGACAUCCUGCAGCAGCAGCGGCUGGCGCUGACCAGCGCGGGCAGCGACUGGGACGCGGUGCGCCAGGCGGUGUGCGCGAGCUACUUCAACAAUGCGGCCAAGCUCAAGGGCGUGGGCGAGUACGUCAACUGCCGCACGGGCAUGCCGUGCCACCUGCACCCCAGCAGCGCGCUCUACGGCCUGGGCUACACUCCGGAGUACAUCUGCUACCACGAGCUGGUGAUGACCAGCAAGGAGUACAUGCAGUGCGUGACGGCCGUGGAGCCGCAGUGGCUAGCCGAGCUGGGGCCCAUGUUCUUCAGCGUCAAGGACAGCCAUACCAGCCGGCUGGAGGCGCGCAAGCGGCAGAAGGCCGAGAAGAGCGCCAUGGAGAAGGAGAUGGAGGAGGCGCUCGCGCGCAAGGAGAGGGCCGCGCAGGAGGCGCAAGCAGCAGACGCCAGCCGCAAGCGGGCAGAGAGGCAGGCCAUCGCCACCCCGGGUCGCAGGAAGGAGCCAGGGACGCCAGCAGCGACCCCCAGGAGGAUAGGGCUCUGAGUUGAGCAACAGGACCAGGACAGUUGAGUAGGCAUCUACCUUUAUUAACGGAACCUUUGGGUAGAUUUCGCCGUCUCUGUUAGCACACAGAGGUUGGGUCUUUGAGAAAAUGGUUGGAAGAGCAUACAUCGUAUUGACCUGGCACAAAAAAGUGGCACAAUGGUGUAAUUCACUGGCUUUGCAAAAGUCGCGUACAUCCGCUACUUGGUAUCUCAGUCGACAUGCAGGAUUCAUCUGUCGAGCUGGCCCGCCG